AUCAUCAUCUCAUGUAUUACGGGCAUAUUUGCCUGCAUAGCAGAUGCUGUCAUGACGGUCAUCAGCGCUAUAGCAGGUUGCCUCGAAUGUAUCGUCGCUGCUAUAGCAAAUUUCUUCACUGGCCUGGCCAAUUGUAUCACAGGGUGCUUAUGCUGUGGGUAA